AUGCCUUCGACCCCUCAAUCGCCGACCAAGUGUCCAAGGACUGCUACCAGCGAAGCCCAAGAUCACCGUGACCCUGGUGAGGAAUUCUUGCAGGUGGCAGGCCUGGUUGAGAGGAGACGUCUGCAAAAUAGAAUUGCGCAGAGAAAUUACCGCAACAAGAUCCGCGAUCGACUAGAAGCUCUCGAAGCUCUCGUCAGCAGCACUGACAAGGCCGAAGUUCUGAAUUCACGGACGGCAAAACCACCGUCCAACCCCAAGAGAUCGCUCUCUGGCAACGUCAGCCAUGUGAAAUCCACCGAGGAUGAUACUCGUCCAGCAGUCCAAGAUGAGCCGCCUGAGCUGCCUCCGGAUAGCUCUGACCCCUGGGGUGACAUGGACGACUUCCUCGACAGCUCCGCCAGGGACCUUGACAACCAAUUACAGCAUAUCAACCCAAACGCCAGCCAACACAACUCGCUUGGACAUUACCCGCACCUUUCGUCCACCAGUCCCUUGAGCUUCACAGACAACAACGACAAUCCGCAUUCACACCCUUCCAUGGCCAAUAUCCCCUCUCCACCCAUGACUUCCAACACCUCACUUUACAUGCCGCACCUCGAAAGCGCCGCCACGCCCAGGGACCCUAGCCACCCCUCCGACCCCACAGCACAAAUUUCCCAAACGGAGAUCUCAGCAUCACAAAAUAGCAGUCCACCGCCUCAAGGCGCCUUCAACUACGCGUUGAGUGAGCCCUAUAUCACUUCUUCCUUCCCCCUUUACCCAUACCCAUCCCGUUCCCGCCCCUCCACCUCCUCUACCAUCCCUGGCCCACUUCGUCAUAGAACGCCUUCGCUAAUCUCUUCGGCAAAACAAACAGCCAACUUCGACACCACCACCAAACCCCAUACCCACCCAGCCAUACAUCAGCAGCAGCAACCACAGAGCUAUUUCCAGCCGCCAUUACUCUCAACCCAGCGCUCGCAGCACCCGCACCCGAAUCAGCAGCAACAGCAACAUUACGUAUGGAUACCGGUCCCAGUCCCGGUAUUAUAUAUGCCUCCUCCUUGUUGUCCUCCUCAUAGUACUACUUCUGCUCCUAUUCAGCAAGCUAGCAUGCAGCAAGCAGGGCUUGGGCAAUCCUCCCAACCACGGACGGGCUAUCACAGUGGUGGAGGCGGAGCGGAUGACAGAUGA